CUGAUUGUGAUCCUGAUAAUUUGAUAACCGGGAUCAGCAAAGCUGUGGAUGAUACCACGAUUUGCAAAAGAAUUUUACGAGGAUGUUGCAGGGAUUUGAGGAUCUGAGUUAGAGAGAAAGAUCGAAUAGGCUAGCACUUUAUUCCCUGGAAUGUAGAAAAUUGAGAGGAGAUUUAAUAGCGGUAUACAAAAUUAUGAGGGGUAUAGGUAGGACAAAUGCAAGCAAGCUUUUGCCACUGAGAUUGGGUGAGACUAUAACAGGAGCUAAUGGGUUAAUAGAAGUUUAAGGGGAAUGAGGGGAAAUUUUUGCCACUUUCUAAGGAAUUUGUACAUUCUUCCUGUGACCACAUGGGUUUCCUCCCAUGGUCCAAAGACAUACCGGUUGGAGUGUGGUGUAGAGGAGGAAGUUCAUAUUCAUGAGAGCUGACAGCACAGCUGAAGAGUGGAGCGGCAACGGGAGGGCAAGCACAGACGUUAACAGCAGACCCCAGUAACCGCUGAUAUCCAACAGCAUGCUGUUGUAUCUACUCAUCAGCCUACUGGGGGUCAUUGUGCUCUUGGCCACGGCCCUCUACCUGAUCAGUCAGUCUCAUUCCCAACAGCUUUCCGAGGUGUCCCAGCUGAAUGCUGAACAGGAUCUCAUGCAGUCAAGUGUUGUGUUUGGCAACAUAUCGGGAAAAGUGGAAACACCAAAUUCUAGUGAGGUGUUUAAUGAGUUGGUCACAAUUCAGUCUUCAUUAGGUGAUGAUCACUCUUUGCUGCUCCGGAGAUCGAAACAGCGCUCCGUCCUCUCACGCCUCAAGCUCUCCACAUUCAGAUCAAAGAAAGCCGAGUGGAGCCAAGGGUCCAAGGCUACCCCCGAGAGGAGCGUGGCUGAGGUUUCCUCACUGGGAGGAUCAGUGACCUCGGUGACCACGCAAGUGACCCAGAUUCCAGCCCCAGUCGGUCAGGAUGAGAAAGCAGCAGAUAGGAGCAAGAGUCUGAAGCUGCCCCCAGCAGAGACCACACUCUCAUCGAAGAUGGAUGUGACCCAGAUCCCAGCAGUGACUCCCCACAGUGACAAUGAGUCCCCCACUCAGCUAGAGAUAACCGUGGUCAAGCUGGAUAAAACAGAGAUCGAACCAGAGACAACAGUGGUCAAGCCCCUGCCACUCCCUCUGGCCAAGACUGAGGUGGUCCCUCCCGCACAGCCGUUUCUGCCAUCCCAUCAGACCACCUCUCCGAAGAAGGGCCGUCAGCCUAUCCCGCGGCCCCGAAAGCAGCUGGAGGAAAUUGGCAGGCUGUCAAAUGGCAAAAUGGAAAGGGAACAGAUGGUGAAGGAAAUUCCCAGUGAUCAACAGAGUCACUCAGAGCAAGAACCCCAAAGGAACGCAAGAAACUGGGGAAAAAGAGCAAAGUUCAGCCAAGGUUACGGAUCAAGCCCAGCACGAUGCUCAGUGUCGGUGUAACGGACCUGUGGUCAGACCCCACCCAAUCUGGCACAUCCAAGGUGCCUGAGGCUGGAUCCGAUGUGGAGUCAGAGACCAAUCUUGAGAUGUGGAUCACGCAGCUCGAGGCCCCGCAGAGUUCAAAAUUCAAUGAGGAGCAAACUCAGCUACCCCAGCCAAGUAAGGUAAUACUUCCUGUC